CGCAUGGUGCCCAAUGAAGUGCAUCAGUAUAUGGCAAUUAUCAGCUUGCUCCAGCAUUUUGGAUGGACAUGGAUUGGACUCUUUGUUACAGAUGAUGAUGGAGGAGAAAAUUUCCUGCAGGCCCUGGAGCCCAUGCUUUACCAGCAUGGGAUCUGUUCGGCCUUCACACAAAGAAUGGAAAAAAUAGCUCGUUUUGAUAUGGUGGGUGAAAUUUUUGAUAUGCUUGAUAGGUAUUACGUGGGUGUCACAAAUGAUAAAGCCAAUGCAUUCAUUGUCUAUGGAGAUUCUCUGACAUUGACCUGGUUAAGAUCCGUUAUGUAUCUACGAGAUCCUGAAAAUAAGGAAAGUGCAUCAUUUAGAAAGGUUUGGAUCAUGACAACACCAAUUGAUUUUGUAUUAUUGAGUUUUCAAAAGUCUUGGGAUCUUGAGCUCUUUCAAGGUGCCAUUUCCUUCACCAUACACUCCAAAAAGCUUCUCAAGUUCAAUGAAUUUCUUCAGAUCAUAAAACCUUAUUGGAAUCCAGGCGAUGGUUUUCUCAAGGACUUCUGGGAGCAAGCAUUUGACUGUCCAUUUCCAGAUCUGCUGAUGCAAGAUAUUGAUACAUGUACAGGGGAGGAGAAGUUACAGAGUCUUCCUGGGCAUGUGUUUGAAAUGGACAUGACUGGCCACAGCUACAGUAUCCACAACGCUGUCUAUGUUGUCGCCCAUGCUUUGCAUGCUAUUUAUUCAUACAGAUCAAAGCACAGAGCAGUGGUUGGAGGCAAAAGGUUUGAACUUCAAGAUCUGCAGCCAUGGCAGCUGCACCAUUUUCUGCAAGGCAUUUCAUUCAACAACUCAGCAGGUGAAACAAUGUCCUUUAAUGAUAAAAGGGAAAUGAGGGGUGGAUUUGACAUCACAAACAUGAUCACAUUUCCAAACAAGUCCUUCCUUCAAAUGAAAGUUGGACGAGUUGAUCCUGAUACUCUUGAAGGAGAAGCAUUCAUUUUUCAUGAAGAUAUGCUUGUAUGGCACAGAGGUUUUAAUCAGGUUAUUCCCCUUUCUCUGUGUAAUGACCACUGCCACCCUGGCAAUCAGAAGAAGAAAAAAGAAGGAGAAAAGUUUUGCUGCUAUGGUUGUGCUCCUUGUUCAGAAGGGGAAAUUUCAAACCAGGAUGAUAUGAAUGACUGCUUCAGAUGCCCCAAAACUCAGUAUCCGACUAAGAACAAAACUGCCUGCAUUGAAAAAACGAUGACCUUUCUUUCUUAUGAAGAACCUUUAGGGAUCAGUUUAGCAUCGGUUGCCCUUUCUUUCUUUUUCAUCACAGCUUUGGUGCUAGGAACAUUCAUUAAAUACAAAGACACUCCCAUAGUCAAAGCCAACAACCGGGACCUCACCUACUCUCUCCUUGUCUCUCUCCUACUCUGCUUCCUCUCUUCAUUGUUAUUCCUGGGUGAACCUAGCACAGUCUCCUGCCUCCUACGGCAACCAACUUUUGGCAUCAUCUUCUCUGUAGCCGUUUCUUGUGUUUUGGCCAAAACUAUCACUGUAGUUCUAGCUUUCAUGGCCACCAAGCCAGGGUCCAGCAUAAGGAAGUGGGUAGGGAAAAGACUGGCCUACUCAGUUGUGAUUCCCUGUUCUCUUAUUCAAUCAACUAUCUGUACUGUGUGGCUGAUGACAUCUCCCCCAUUCCCUGAUUUGGACAUGCACUCUUUAACAGAAGAAAUCAUUGUACAAUGUAAUGAAGGGUCCGUCACCAUGUUUUAUUGUGUCCUGGGCUACAUGGGCCUCUUGGCCAUUGCCAGCUUUGUUGCCGCAUUUGCAGCCCGCAAGUUACCUGACAGUUUUAAUGAAGCCAAGUUCAUUACUUUCAGCAUGUUGCUCUUUUGCAGUGUUUGGCUGUCUUUUUUUCCAGCCUACCUGAGCACAAGUGGAAAGAGCAUGGUGGCUGUGGAGAUCUUCUCCAUCUUGGCCUCCAGUGCUGGGUUAUUGGGCUGCAUCUUUGCCCCUAAAUGCUACAUCAUUAUUCUGAGGCCAGAACUGAACAACAGGGAGCAACUUAUAAGAAAAAAGAAUUAA